AUGGACGACAACCUCACCGCCUUCUCCCUGGCGCCUCCGGGCAGCGACUGCGACCUGUACGCGCACCGCAGCGUGGCCAGCGUGCUGAUGCCCCUGCACUACAGCGUGGUCUUCGUGGUCGGGCUCGUGGGGAACGUGCUGGCCUUGGUGGUCAUUUUCUCAAACUGGAAGAAGAUCAACUCUACGACCCUCUACGCAACAAACCUGGUGUUCUCUGACAUACUGUUCACCACCACGCUGCCCAUGCGGAUAGCCUACUACGCCAUGGGCUUCGACUGGACCCUGGGCGAGGCUGUGUGCAGGGGGACCGCGCUCCUGUUCUACAUCAACACGUACGCGAGCGUGAACUUCAUGACCUGCCUGAGCGUCGACCGCUUCUUUGCCGUGGUGCACCCGCUGCGGUACAACAAGAUGAAAAGAAUUAAAUAUGCGAGAUGCAUUUGCGUGUUUGUCUGGAUUCUCGUACUUGCUCAAACCCUCCCACUACUCCUGACGCCUAUGUCGAAGCUGGAGGGGGACAGGACCACGUGUAUGGAGUAUCCAAACUUUGAAGAGACGAAAGGGCUUCCCUGGAUGCUGCUCGGUGCCUGUUUCAUCGGCUACGUGCUGCCGCUCGCCAUCAUUCUCAUCUGCUACUCGCAAAUCUGCUGCAAACUCUUCAAAACUGCCAAGAAGAACCCGCUGACUGACAAAUCUGGUGCCAACAAAAAGGCUCUCAACACAAUCGUUCUUAUCAUCCUGGUGUUUGUCCUCUGUUUCACCCCUUACCAUGUGGCGAUCAUUCAACACAUGGCCAGGAAGCUUCUUUUUCCUGAUGUCCUAGAGUGCAGCCAAAGACACUCAUUCCAGAUUUCCCUGCACAUCACAGUGUGCCUGAUGAACUUCAACUGCUGCAUGGACCCUUUCAUAUACCUCUUCGCAUGUAAAGGGUACAAGAGAAAGGUGAUGAAGAUGCUGAAACGUCAAGUCAGCGUGUCAAUUUCCAGUGCCGUGAAGUCAGUCCCCGAAGAAAACUCUCGGGAAAUGACAGAAACGCAAAUAAUGAUACACAGCAAGUCUUUAAAUGGAAAGUAA